CCUUGUUUUUGCAGAAUCAACUUAACACGAUGGUCAUCAUGCAUCCACUAUAUACGCUGUCCCUUCUCUACGUUCUGAGUUCAUCCAUUUUUCGAGUAAAUGCUGAUGGAGAGACCACAUCGAUCACAUUAGAAUGUGGUAAAAUCAAGAACUUGUCAUCACCAGACUAUCCAAAACCAUACGGCAACAAUUUAGAGAUUCAUUGGGAUGUACAAGCAGACCUUACUCAAAGAAUAGUCGUCACAUUUCAUGAUUUCCAUACAGAGAAUUAUGAUACUCUACAUAUAGUAGAAGAGAACUAUCCAUCUGCUAGAGCAAAGUACAGUGGAAGCAAAAUGGCUACACCGUAUCUUUCUCUCGGGAACCACCUUGAGGUCAUUUUCCGUUCUGAUGAGUCUGAGUCUAGAAAAGGAUUCCAUCUGUCCCUCUCUUGUUUGACGCACACAGAACACAACACUGAUAUUCAUGAAGCAUUUGAAGGUUUCGAGCAUAUCAGAGUCCUCACCCAAACCUUAUGCAGAAACGCCUGGCAUAUGGAUGUCGCAGAUACUAUAUGUAGAGAGGCAGGGUUUCCCGGAGCCUACGAAACUACUUUGAAUAACACUACUUCGGGAUCAAAUGAAACAAGUUAUAUAUGCAAGACAUUCACUCAUCGCCUUCAAGAUUGCGAGAACUUUACAUCAAGUUGUACAGAUGCUUACAAAUCGGUGGUUAUAAAUUGUAAUGUUUUGGGUCAACUUGGGUGUUUUGAACUUGCGAAUUACACCCGUCUGCUGUCAAGAAGUGUAAAGCUGAGCAGGGAUCAAUGUCUUACCCACUGCAACUCAUACUCUGCAAUGCCACAGUAUGCUGUUCAUCAUAGCGGAACCAACUGCUCGUGUAUCGACCAAACUGCUUUGGAUGUUACCAAACUUACUACAAAUCGUAAUCUCUGUAGAACAGACACUACAAACCCGACUGGACACUGGGUUACUCUCUACAACGCCUCGUUUGGAUUCUGCAGUAAGCCGCCUGAACUAGACAAUGGCUCUUGGAAUAAUUCAUCAAACGGAUGUAUGUACGACACAACUGUCACCGCCAAAUGUAAUGACAACUACGAGUUGGUGGAUGGACAUAGGAAGAUGAGAUGUGACAGGGCAACAACCUCUACAACUCAAGACUUUGAAUGGCAUGGAACCACUCCAUCCUGCCGAAAAAGGAAUACUGGUUCAGCUGACAAUGAGUCGUUCUCCGGAUCUGGUAAGAUUCUGAAGUCAAAUUGGCAACUUAUGAUUGUAUCUUUCUUCUUUAUGUACAAUAGUCCUUUCAGUUUUUAUUAGGAAAUGAUACAUUUUGAAAUCAUUGUCGAUAUAUUUGCAAAAAAUAAUUAUAAUAACCCCGUACUAUUAAGUAACGCUUAGUUGGCUCGCGAUCUUGAUGAUGAUUUUUCACAAAAAAUAAUGUAAGCUACGUUGUUGGCAACAUCAAUUUCUUGGUUGAAUCAACGUAUAGAACCACAUUAAUUGAGUUUCAGGUUUACUUUAUCUCUUGGAGAACAUGUAUCGAUGUAAGAUUAAUGAACAUUGCUGAUAUUUUCGGCGUAGUUGAUGUUAUAUUUAAUGCAUGAUACAAGAAAUGCAUAAUCCAUGCCAUUCGUCCGAUAAAAUUCCAUUUUACUUCUGUUCGAUGAUAGUGUUUAAAAAUGUUUCCAACAAAUAUUCUCUUUCGUGUAGAUUCAUUUCUGUUAAAGAAUUAAUUGGUAGUUUUAGCCUACCAUACGCAAUUUUCGUAUGGAAAAGCGUUGCAAGUAGAAUUGUAGUUCAUCUACGUUAUGAAUUUAUGACCUAUGAAAAAAGAUUAAAGCAGAUGGAUUGUGUGUAAUAUAUACGCGUAUUUAAUGUGUAACUACUCAAUGUGCGAAAUGUGCUUUAAGCCAUGUGUUUGAGUUAAAUACUUUACUUCCAGGUUUUUUGUUUAUCUUGGAAGACAAUUUUUCAUGUUUGCUAUUGUUGUUUUUCUUCAAUUGUUGUAUAAUUGAUGUGAUACAAGGUUAAUGUAUUAUCGAUUACAUGUAUAUGUAUAUUAUGAUAUUUAGAGAAAAAUCAUGAUUUUGCAAUUUUUAGUUAGGUUCAGGAGUUUUUGCAGAAUUUUUCUUUCAUAACCUGGUUCCCCCAAAACAAGGGUGCAAUUCGUACAAGCAGGCGUAGCUUGUGGGUGUGGGUGUGCGUGAAAGUCCGUAUGGGCGCGUUUAACAAAAUGAGAUCAAACUAAAACUAAAACGGUGAACUAAAAUUGUUUUGUUUAUGUUCCUCUUCCGUUAGGGGGAAAUGUCACUAACUAAUGUGUCCAUAUUUCGUUUAACCCUCUUUUGGGUUAAAUAUCUCAGAUGGAAGUAAAUUGAACCCUGGCCUAUUAUACAGCUGUGCCUGAUACGAAUCGGCCUCAAUCAAUCAAUCAAUCACUGAUCAAUGAUAUUGAUAUCAAAAAAAGUUGUGAGCAAUUUCAAACUCUUUAUAAGACUAGGCUUUCGUAUUUUUGGAAUCAGGUUACAACAUAAAUGGACUAUUUUCAUUUUCAAGUUGUGCUUCUAAAUGUCAGGAAAUAAAUAGCCACUAUCAACGUUUGUUCAAAUGGUUUUUUUUUAAGUUGACUUCGAUUCAAUUUUCAGUGUAUGAUAAGGCCGUAUUUGUGUUAGCUAACUGUAUUCAUUCUAUGCAAGUCUAUGCAAUCUUUUUAUGGCAUUAUGCAAGCUGUACUUAGUUUCUGAAUUAUUUUCAUUUAAA